AUGUUCACAAAAAGUGUAAUUUUAGUGAUAUUAUUUGUGUUCCAAGCUCGUGCCGAUAACAAUAUUCAAUAUCAGCGACAUGAAUUGCCACCCCUCCAUACAUUGGACAAUUAUGAUGUGUGUUUUGAAAAUUACACUACCCUCUCCGAACUCAGCGCCACCUAUUGUAUGGUUUAUGCCGAAAUACAAGAAGAUAACAGCAAUGAAUUGUGGCAAAAAAUCAGGGCGCAUAAUGCCCAUAAAAGUCACUAUCGGAAUGAUCGUUUAUUUUUUGGACUUUGUCUCAGUCGAUGUAUGGAAUAUAUGGAGAAUCAGCAACUCACUGAUGGAAAUUUCACCAUUAACAAUGAUAUCACCCAAUUUUUCGAACAAGUACACAAACAGCCAUUGGAUCUUGAAAUACGUUCAAAGUAUUCUCGACUGAUUCAUCGGUGUUUGAAUGAAGAAUUCCAAAGAAAAUAUGGUUUGAAAUUGAAAACCUUUGUGGAAUAUUGUGAGCGUAGAAGACCAGGGGAAAUUGAUCGAGGGGAAAAGGCUUGGCGCCUAUUGACCUCCUUUUCACUUAUCCGCAACUAUUUUCGCCUAACCCAACCAUAUCGUGGCGGUGAUGAAGUGGGAACACAAUUUACCUAUUUGGAUGGUUUACGAUCGAUUAGCACAUUCUUAGUGAUCUGGGCCCAUUCAUUCUAUUUGGUAUACCAACCUAUUGUGAAUCCAGAAUUUUUUGAAAUUUGUGGAAAAUCUACAAUAGGAUUAAUGAUUCUAAAUUGCACCACUAUCACAGAGCCAUUUAUGAUAAUGAGUGGUCUGCUGCUGCAUAUGAAGUUUUCGAAAACAAUGGAUGUAACACCGCGGAGUAGCUGGAAAAAAUGUUUGCAGAUCUUCGGCCGAUUACAAAUGAGGCGUUAUGUUAAAUACCUCCCCACACUGAUUGCCAUGAUCGGGGUGAAUGCAACAAUUUUGCAACGUUAUGGUGAUGGUCCUUUUUGGCGUCAUCUCAAUGAGCCGAGCCGCACCUUUAGCCGUGAAAAUUGGUGGAAAAAUUUAUUAAUGAUUAAUAAUUUUUCACCGCAAGAUACUGUGACUCCAGUAACUUGGUAUUUGGCAGCGGAUUUUCAAUUAUUUGCUUUAUACACAGUGCUAUUAAUUUUUAUAUUCAAGACCUAUCGUUAUGUCUUUGUUAAAGAUUAUAAACAAUUUACUCACAUCUAUACCCCAUUCUACACCAAUAUGGGUGGUUAUCUCUGCGGUUUGGUGUGUGGUGAAAUAUAUCAAAACUAUCUCCGCGAGGAGGAGAAACGUCAACGUUUACAAAAAAUAUUUAAAUAUUUGUGGAUACUUCCUCCGAUGGCUGCAUUUUUAAUAAACUAUAUAGGAUCAAUUGUUAUAUUCUAUGAACCCUGCAUAUGGACUGCCUUGUAUGCGGGCCUGCAUCGUAAUUUCUGGAUUAUAUUGGUGUGUGGCAUACCUAUCGUGGCCAUGGCAUGCAGUAGGGAAUCACUUGCCAGUAAAUUUUGUAGUCUACCAAUAUUUCGUGUAUUUGCCCGGCUAACACCGCAAAUGUUUUUAUGGCAUUCUCUGGUACUUCAGGUGACCACGGCCUAUCAUCGCCAGCCAAAAUACCUUAAUAUUAUGUAUUUUAAUACUCAAACUAUGGUCACGUUAAUGUUUUCGUCGGUGGUGGCAUUUUUCGGCUAUUUGCUUCUGGAACUACCAUUUUCACAGGCCUUAGAGGCAUUAGUGGUGCAAAGAAAGAAAGUGGAUUCAGUGAAACCUGAGAAGGAGGCCAAGAUCCAAUAG